AUGGCGAACCUAGCAGAGCAGUUUGUGCACGAGAUGUGGACGGCUCCACGGGCGUGGCUUUUGCUCCUCCUCCCUCUCUUCCUCUUACUCCUACGCAGCUGGUGGGCAACGCUGUUCGGCCUCGGCGCCAACAGAGCGAGGGACCACCACCAGCAGCAGCAGCAGCAGCAGCAGCGAGACGGCCACCACCGCCUCCCACCUUCGCCACCGGCGCUCCCCGUCCUGGGCCACCUGCACCUCGUCGGCUCCCUCCCGCACGUCUCCCUCCGGGACCUCGCCGGGAGGCACGGCCCGGACCUCAUGCUGCUCCGCCUCGGCUCCUUGCCGGUGCUCGUCGUCUCGUCGCCCCGCGCCGCCGAGGCGGUGCUGCGCACGCACGACCACGUGUUCGCGUCCCGCCCGCACUCCCUCGUCGGCGAGGUCGUCCUGUACGGCCCCUCCGACGUUGGCUUCGCGCCGCACGGGGACUACUGGCGCCGGGCGAGGAAGCUCAUCACCGCGCACCUGCUCAGCGCCAGGAGGGUGCAGUCCUUCCGCCACGCCCGCGAGGGAGAGGUGGGCGCGGUGGUGGGCCGGAUCGCCGAGGCGGCCGCCGCGGGCGCGGCCGUCGACGCGGGCGAGCUCCUAAGCUCGUUCGCGAACGACCUGGUGUGCCGCGCCGUGAUGGGCGCGUCCUUCCGGAGCGAGGGCCGGAACAGGCUGUUCCGGCAGCUCGUCUGCGACACCACGCCGCUGCUGGCUGGUUUCAACGUCGAGGAGCUCUUCCCGUUCCUGGCUCGCUUCGGCGUACUCAAGAAGGUGGUCCGCGCCAGGUCCGAGAGGUUGAGGAGGAGGUGGGACGAGCUGCUCGACAGGCUCAUCCAGGACCAUGAGAGCAAGUACGAGCCGAUGGCGGCGAGUGAUCCGAAGGAUGACGAUGACUUCAUACACGUUCUGCUCUCCGUUCGGCAGGAUUACGGCCUCACAAGAGACCAAAUGAAAGGCCUCCUGCUUGACGUGUUCGUCGGGGGAAUCGACUCGGUAUCUUCGACACUCGAGUUCACCAUCGCGGAGCUCAUGCGGAAGCCACGCGUGAUGGAGAAGCUGCAAGCCGAGGUGAGGAGCAGCACGCCCACGGGACAAGAGAUCGUCAGCGAAGACGACCUGAAGAGCAUGCCCUACCUGAGAGCCGUCACGAAAGAGUCACUCCGGGUGCACAACGUGACGCCGCUGCUGGCGCCGCACCUGUCCAUGGCCAGCUGCAGCGUCGACGGCUACGCGAUCCCUGCCGGGGUGCAGGUCCUGAUCAACGCCUGGGCCAUUGCCAGGGACGCGCGCUACUGGGGCGAGGACGCCGAGGAGUUCGUCCCCGAGAGGUUCAUUGAUGGCGGCAGCGCUGUGGAUGUUAGCUUCAAGGGGAGUGACUUCCAGUUCCUGACUUUCGGGUCCGGACGAAGGAUGUGCGCCGGGAUGAACUUCGCCGUGGCCACCGUAGAGGUGAUGCUGGCGAACCUGGUGCACCGUUUCGACUGGGAAUUACCACCGGGGAAGGAGGGGCGCGACAUUGAUAUGUCACAGGUGUUCGGGCUUGUGGUCCGACGGAAGGAGAAGCUUCUCUUGGUUCCAAAAUUACGUGCAUAGUGCUUGUGUUGGAUGGAGGCACUGUAAUAAAAACUCAUCGGUGGGUGUACGUUUACUGUUUACAUCACUAUUACAUGCAUACAGCAUGAUGAUAGGGGAUUUUUCAUUAAAAAAAGAAAUAGGUAUUCAAAUUCAAGUUAGAGGGGACUCGAACUUGGAUGAUCUAAGCUCACUUCCUA